AUGGUUAAAAAAUCUGCUGAAGUUGCUUCUGUUAUUUCCCCAUCGACAACAUCGAAACGUCAACGUUCUGUUCAAUUCUAUUCGACCAAGACAUUUCGUCUUCUGACCAUGCUCUUACUAACUUUGUCCUUUUUCAUCAUCGAACUUGUUGUCGGCAAUAUCACAAAGUCGUUGACACUGGUUGCUGAUGCCUUUCACAUGCUCUCUGAUAUCAUUUCGCUUCUUAUUGGUUUACUUGCAGUACGUAUAGCUAAACGACGUUCAAAUAUCAAUACUUUUGGAUGGGUACGUGCUGAAGUAGUUGGUGCCAAUAUCAAUACUGUCUUCUUAUUGGCUCUUUGUUUGACAAUUAUUUUUGAUAGCAUCAAACGAUUUAUUGAACCUGAACCAAUUGUGAAUGUCAAUCUUCUACUAAUUGUGGGCUCGAUUGGUCUUGGAAUCAAUAUUAUCGGUCUCCUUCUCUUUCGAGGUUUCCAUGGUCAUUCGCAUAGUGGUGUUAAUGAAGCACACAGGCAUAGUCAUAAUGAGGGAGAGCAUGGGCACAGUCAUGAUGCAACUAAUAUAUUGAAAUUAACAAAAAGACUGAAGAAAAGCAUCGAAAUGAAAGAAGACGUGACUGAAUCUGACAAAAAUAACACUACAGCAGAAACGUAUGAAGAUGAUAUUGAUCCGCUCGAAGUUAUAAUCGCAUCCUCCGAAUUUCAAAGACACAGUUUUCGAGCUCUUGAUGAGGCCAUUGUCGAUUGCACUUGUCAUGCUCAUGAUGCUUUACAAUGUACACAUAGUCAUUCUCCUAAUGUAGACGCUGCUGAUUCUUCUACGAAAAACGUUAGACCAAAGAAAACGUCAUCAAUGAAUAUGCAUGGUGUUUUCCUACAUGUAUUGGCCGAUGCUCUCGGUUCAGUCGUCGUAAUUAUUAGUUCUCUUAUCAUUAAAUUUGUUCCUCAUGAUCCAGAGAAUCAUAAACAUUGGACAGUCUAUGUUGAUCCAACAUUGUCCGUCCUCAUUGUUAUUAUAAUAACUGUUUCAGCUAUUCCAUUAUUGAAGGAAACAACAUAUGUUCUUCUUCAGACUGUUCCUAGAAAUAUUGAAGUUGAUUCACUGAAGAAACAACUACUAGAUCAUGUACCAGAAAUCGAUGGCAUUCAUGAAUUACACAUUUGGCGUCUCACUAGCAGUGCAAUUAUUGCUACUGCUCAUUUACGUCGACGAUCAUUAACAGAUUAUAUGGCAGUCGCCAAUAAAGUAAAACGUUUUUUCCAUGGUGUAGGUAUUCAUUCCACAACGAUACAAUAUGAAUGUUCAGAUGAUGAAAGGCAAGAUUAUUUAGUAAAGAAGAAUAAGAAGGAUGAUGAAUCAAAAUCGGCCGAAGUUGAUUGCUUACUGGGUUGUCCAGAUGAAUCAUGUGAUACGAAAACAUGCUGUACAAAAGAUUCAAUCCGUACAGAUGCGAUAUCAAGCAUAACAAAGGAUGGUACUACACAUGAACAGCCAGCUGACGUUAUUGAAACAACUAUUAAAAUGGAAAACGAGCCCUCGCAACCGUAUAAUAUCGGUCAUAAUAUACAUACUCAAGCAAUUGAAAAGGAUCCACUAUUGAAAAGUGAUCAAGCUUAA